GACUCGGUGCUGGCGGUAUCUCUCGGAGUAGUACGUACGUUACGGUGUCACGUCGGUCGUACGGGAACGUCAGUGUGUGCGGGGAUUCUCCGGUUCUUUUUUUUUUCUUUGGUGAGGAAGGUCCACCGUAGGACUACCUUCAAGGGUUUGGAGAUUUUAGAGCGGGGGCAAGUGUGGUUCGUUCUAAUUCAAUCUAAUCAUCUCUUCAUCGUUUCCGGAUUGUUCCGGGCCGAAGAACUGAACGCCAGGAGUUCACCGGUGGUGGUGGUACAGUGGGAGAAAAACGUGAACGUGGUGACUCACCGCAGCUUGGGUGGUUCGAGGAAGAAGUUGGUGAUUCUGAAUUAAAUAUUAAUCGGUAGAUGGUCCCGACAAGGAUCCUGAAGCUCCUGACCCAGAGUGGAUAGAUAUCAAACGGAUAGGUUGGUGUGCUUUCUGCUUCCGUAACGGAUAGUCUCCAGAGGUCAUAAAGUUGUGAACCUUAAUUCGUUUUCGCCGGACCGUGGACGGAGCGCAAUAAACCUUACGGGAUUUCGGACCGUUUCUGGACGAGGAUCCUCACUGCGAAGAUCCGUGGUGGGGGAGGUCGCGGUGUUGACCGACAGUUGCAAAGUUUAAUGGAGUGCUAAUCGAUGAUAUUAUUCAACCACGACAUCGACUGCUGCAGCGCUGCUACUACAGCUAAUAUUUGGUGAAAUAUAUUGUGCAUGAAAUUGGAUAAUUACUUGGCCACAUGAGAUAAUCCGUUCCGUUCCGUUGGUGAAGUCCGAGUGUUCAAGUGCUACUGCAGAUACUGCAAAUUAGUGUGUGAUUAGUGCUUGAUGACAACAACAGUUCUCGCAAGUCUGCAGUUCCAGAAUUAGCAAACCUGAGGAAGAAUAUUUACUUGGUGAUUUCGGGAAAAAGUCGUCAAAAUUAUCCAAUCGGAAAAUCUACACAGUGUCUAAACCCCGAGGGAAAAUUAGUGCGGUUCCAGAUAAGAAAAAGUGUGGUGUGCGUGUGUGUCUGUGUUUCUUUCCACAAAAGCAAGGAUUAUCUCGCCGUUUUCUGGUUGUCUGGUUGUAAGCUGAAGUUGGAGGACUAAGCUCGAGAAAGGAAGCAGAACUUCGUGGCGGAAAGGGGAACGAAGCGGACUAUUAAUUCGUCUGACCGUCCGUUCGACUUGGAUUACAACACGGAGGCGCAGGCCGUUAUCAUGUUUCUAUAAUAAAUAAAAGAUGGUAGACGAUUUGAGUUGAUAAAAAAUGGAUUUCAAGGAGAUAAUACUGCUGCUAUGUUUGGUAUUAACAUUCGCAAGGGCAACCCACAAAGAUAUCAAAAGUUUAAAUGAAACACUGAGCAGUUGGAACCCGUCCGACACCGACCCGGAAGAUGAGGAUGACGAGGAGGUUCAGAAACGCGCGAAAGCGCAGGGUUGGUCAUCGUGGACCGAAUGGUCGACCUGUUCCCGAUCUUGCGACGGCGGUGUAGCGUAUCAGCUGCGCCGCUGCCAUGCGCCCCACGGCUGCAAGGGCGACGCCGUGCGGUACAAGAUCUGCAACAUGCAGCCAUGUCCGGAGCUGCAGGACUUUCGUGCCCACCAGUGUGCCGCGUACGACGACGUGCCCUACGAUGGGGCCCUGCUCAAGUGGACACCCCACUACGACUACUCGGAGCCGUGCGCUCUGACGUGCCGGGGUCGACCCCAGCACCUGUUGGAGGACAUGCCGGACUCGGCGGCCGCCAGCGAGUCCUUUCCGCCGGUGGUGGGCGACGACGAGCCCAGCGUGAUAGUGCAGCUGUCCAACCGGGUCCAGGACGGGACCAGGUGUCGGCCGGGAAGUUUGGACAUGUGCAUCCAGGGCAAGUGCCAGCGCGUUGGGUGUGACCUUAAAAUUGGCUCGACCAAAAAAAUCGACGUCUGUGGGGUGUGUGGGGGCGACGGGACGUCCUGCACCCAGCCGCUGUACCAGUGGGAGAUUGCACCGAUGUCACUGUGCUCCGUUACGUGCGGGGGAGGUUACAAAAUGGCAAUGCCAACCUGCCGCAAUCGGGUCACCGGAGUGGACGUCGAGGAGUCCCUGUGCAACGCCUCCUCCCGACCGGAACCCACCGUGGUCCAGUGCAACACGCACCUCUGCCCACCAAAAUGGGUAACCGACGACUGGCGGCCCUGCUCGAAAUCCUGCGGCGGCGGCAUCCGCGACCGGGUCGUGGUGUGUGCCGAGGAGAGCAACGGGUCCAAAAAUAAAGUCCCGGACGAGGCGUGCCGAGGCGUGCGACCCAAAAGCCAGGAGGCUUGCAACGUGCAGGAGUGCCCCAAAUGGAUCGUGGGCGAGUGGAGCGGGUGCUCGGUAUCGUGCGGCGGCGGCAUCCAGAUUCGCAGCGUCGAGUGCAUGGACUCGAGUGGCCACUACAGCAACCAGUGCGAUCCGAAGAGCAAACCGUCCUCCGGCCAGCAGUGCACGACCGGAAUCGGUUGCACCGGCGAUUCUUCCUCCUCGUCGUCCUUGGCAGUAGCUCCGGCCAGCAGCAGAUCGGCAGAUUCGGGAUCGGAUUCGGGUGGAAAGGAAAAGUUGCCACCCCACGAGCAACAGGAGCAGCGCGAUCCCACGCUAAUGACCUACAACGAUCAGCCGUACUACGCCCAACCCCUGCGCCAAGACCGGCUGCCCAAGGCGGAAAAAAUCGUGUCCCAGCGGGUGCCGAGCGAGGCCACUUUCAUCCAGGACACGGAGUGGUCCCCGUGCAGCGUGACGUGCGGCGAGGGCAUCCGGCGGAAGCCGUUCCGCUGCAAGAUCUUCCUCGAGUUCUCCAAGCGCGUUGCCAUCCUGAACGACUCGCUGUGCCACGCGUACAAACCGCUGGACGAGGUCGAGCGGUGCGUGAUGGAGCCGUGCUCGUACUCGCACAACUUCGAGGAGUCGUACCUCAAGUAUGAUCGGGCGUAAUCUUUGUUUUGAGGAGUACUAAUGAGUUGAUCUUAUUUCAGGGAUGGUAACCGGCAAAAUCUGGACGGAAUCAAGGUGCAGGCAGCGGUCCCUGGCAAAACGUACUCCUGGCGAGAGGAAGGCUACACCAGCUGUAGUGCGUCCUGUCUGGGCGGAGUCGAAGAGCUGAUCAUCAACUGCAUCCGUGACGAUACCGGCAAGAUCGUGUCCCCGUUCCUGUGCUCGCCGGAAACGAAACCGGAGGCGCGGAUACGAACCUGUAACGACAUUCCGUGUCCACCGCGGUGGAACUACUCGGAGUUUACGCCGUGCUCGAAGUCGUGCGGGUUCGGGAUUCAAACGCGCGAGGUGACCUGCAUUCACGAGGUGACCCGCGGCGGUGAGAACACCAUGAUCGUUCCGAACAGUAUGUGCACCACGAAGCCCCAGCCGGACCGGCAGUACUGCAACAUCAUCGACUGUCCCGUGCGGUGGGAGGUUUCCGAGUGGAGCAAGUGCUCGAAACCCUGUGGCGGUGGCCUCAAGGAGCGUCGCGUCGAGUGCAAACAGAUCAUGGCCCAGGAACACAAGGUCGAGCGGCCGGCGUCAAUGUGCCCCAGCAACAAACCCCCGGACAAGAAGCCCUGCAACAGCAAGGCGUGCGCCCCGGAAGACCAGAAGCCCCCGAUCGCCGGCACCAACUCGACCUUCAUCCAGCACGACCCCAAGAAGAACAAAAUCACGCUCAAAAUCGGUGGCGCAGCGACCGUCUUUUUUGGGACGCAAAUCAAAAUCAAGUGCCCCGUCAAGCGGUUCAACCGGACCAAAAUCCGCUGGGCCAAGGACCAGACGCCGCUGCUCAAGUCCAAGAAGAUCAAGAUCUCCAAGAAGGGCGCGCUGAGAAUUCUGGACGUGACGUUCCGCGAGGCAGGCGUUUACACCUGCCAUGCCGGGCUGAGUCACGCGGAUCUGCGGCUGUCGGUGAAGCCCAAACCGGGCGUGGCCGAGCAGAACCAGGGCGACGGAGAUGGGAAGCAUCGCGAGGGAGGGGAUUCUAACGCGCUGCGGGAUCACUCGUACGUGGCGAACCAAAAUGGCGGGGAUGAAAAGGGUGGCCGCAGAAAUCGUGACCGGAAUCGAGGGAAAAACCGACAACGGCAUCCACCGGACACUGUCCAAAAUGCCGAGAGCAGCGUAAUGGAAGACGGGGAGCUCAUGCGGUCCCAGAUGACCGUGUCGGACAGUACGGUGGCGUCGGAUGCGGUGGCCGCGGCCAGUUCCGGCACCCGGACGCUCCCAAUGCCCCACUUCCAGCACCUGCUGGCCAGCCUGCAGCUUCUCUGGCCAUUUCAGACCUUCACCAACUCCAAGGGUCACCAGUGGCUGAUGGAGCACGAGUACAGCCACUUUGACUCGACGGCGGACCGCGAGGAAAAGGACGAACCGGCCAAACCGGUCAACGUGUACGAGCUGCUGAGGGCCAGGGAUGGCGUAGCGGGGGAGAACGCCGACGGAACGCCUGACCACAUCGAGUUCGAGUGGAUGACCACACCGUGGUCCGAGUGUUCGCAAACCUGCGGCACCAACGGGAGCGGAUAUCGGCUCCGCUCGGCCCACUGCAUGGUCAAGCUGGUCAACUCGAGCCACACGGUGGACAACAGCCUGUGCGAGGACGCCGGCCUGCCCGUGCCGGAAACGGUGGAAAAGUGCGGCAACGUCGAGUGUCCCCGGUGGGUCUCGACGGAGUGGUCGCUCUGUUUGCAGUCCAAGUGCUUCACGUGGCACACGGCCCUCCAGAAGCGGGACCUGUUCUGCAAGUUUGGCAACGUCAGCGACAGUGACCUGUGUGACGAGCAGGACAAACCCGUCACCAAGCAGGAGUGCUACAACGAGAUGUGCAAGGGCGUGUGGCGGGUCGAGCCGUGGUCCGAGUGCAACGCGGCCUGCGGUGGCCAAGGCAUCAAGUACCGGAUACUGCAGUGCGUUUGGUUCGGCACCAAGAAGCCGGCAGGCAACGCCUGCAAGGACCAGCCGCGGCCAGCGGUGAUGAAGGUGUGCAAGGGACCACCCUGCAUCUCGAACUUAGCCGAGUGCAAGGACUCGUCGCGGUACUGUAAAAAUGUAAAAACGAUGGGCCUCUGUAGACUGCACCGUUACCAGCAACAGUGUUGCAAAACCUGUAGGUUUAACAUUUACAACUAGAGCCGUCGCUAAAAAAUACACACACUCACACAAAAAAAACGAGGAACCAAAAAACAAAAACAUGCAGCGGAUGCGAUAAAAGAUGCAGAGAACCAGGACGACGCGACGAUAGUUUGUGUUCAAGCCAUGAUCUGAACUUUUAACGCUGAACCGACCUAACUUAUACAUGAAGCAGAGAGAAAAAAAAGAACAAACCGAAAUCCUACCAAAACGACUUUGUACCACAAAAAUUGAGAGCGUCAACGUUGACUUCCCCCCUGGGUAGAAUGCAGAAAAGGGGAAUUUCAAAGCAGGACUAUUGUGUAUUAUAUAUUGAUAUGUAUUAAAAUUCAACUCAAACAAAAGAAAGGGUAAAGCCAAUGAACGAAAACUGAGUAUAUUGGGAAAAAUAUGUCAUUUACUGUGCUUUAACAGAUGAACAGAAUAUUUAGAGUUAGCUAAGCAAACACAGGUGUAAAUAUUUAACUAAAAGAGUAAAUGAGAAUUAAAAAUUCGAGCAAAAGAUAUUAGGAUAAUCGAGGGGAAACAGAAGGAAAACACUAUCGACAGCAAAUAAUUACUCUAAAACGAGCGAUUUACCGAUUAGUUUUCUAUUUUUGGCUUAUUCCACUCUUUUUAGAAGGUCAGUAAAAAUUGCCAAACAAAACAAAAACUCACACACAUAUUGUUGCAGCAGUAACGAACGUAUAAACUAAUGAAAGUAUUUUUUCAACUAGGUGAAAAGCUACGAAUCGUUCCUCCGACAAACAAUUUAAGAAUAAUACAAAAACAAACACGUAAACCAAAACAACGCAGUAAAAAAUUCUGACGUUCGUUUAAGCGGGUGCAUUUAUUAAACAAACAAAAAGAAAACAAAAAUACUCUACGCGUUUAAGUUCUCUUUCACACGAUACUCAAUCAUUGCAGUUUAAAUUUUUAUCACACAUCAAACUCAUGUACAUUUUAAACCCAAACACACACACACACGUUCGAAAACUCAAGGACGAAUUAUUAUACUCAUUCUAAGAACGCAACCUCACUUUUGCAAAAUCCUAUUCUAUCACACUCACUCCUUCACUCACUCACACAUACAAACACUUUUAAUGAACGACAAGAAGCAAAGCCUAACUAAAACAACACUUCAAAUUACUGAAAUACCAUACCCUUAGUCUUACAUUCUUAAAACAAAAAAGUUUAGGAAAGCGAUACUCGAAAAUUCAGUUGAACAAACAAAAACAAAAACAAACCAAUUAAGUCCUAUCCCUAACCAAUCAAGCAACCAAAAUUGUGAUCACCUUAUGUAAAAAGCGAUAAAGUAAAUAAAAAAUUCUGUUGAGUUUAUAUGGGAAGCAAAACCGUACCACCCACACAAAAACAAACCGAGUUGUUAAUUUUGAUGAGCUGGCGAGAGAAAAAAGUAAUGUUGAGAGAGGAUUGUUAACGUAAAUGAGAUUGCAUCACAAAGUGAUGGAACAUCCGAGCCGAACAUCUGUUUAACGAAAAACAAGUUGGGUGUAAAAAAUUAUCAUGAAAAUAAAAAAAGCAAAAAUUACUCCGAAAUUGAAAAAAAAUGCAAAUAUUUUACUUGAAUCGUUGAAAAUUUUAUUAGACUCCUUCGCUUCAAAAUAAUUGUUUGUUUAAUCCAGCUUUGAAAUAUGAUGCGUUAUUUGCGAAUGGCGCUUUUGCGAUUUUUUUAUAAUUGCAGAAAAGUUAUGCAAUUUGGUCCUAAAGUUUAACUUAAAUCUGUGAUAUUAUUGUUCAUAACUAUAAAGCUAAUUUUUCUGAGUACAAUAGCGCUUUGUCGUACAAAGGAUUUAAAAUUAAUUUUUAAAUCGAAAAAAUAUUGUCUUAUAAUAAUUUUUCGCGCUAAAUAAAAAAAGUGAUCAAAAAUGGUUUUUAAUCGUAUACUUUACCGUUCUACCUAAACAUUUUCAUAGGGCUUCAGGACCCUAUUAACUCAAGUUUUGAAUAAAUAAUGCGUUUUGCAAAUGUACAACAGGGUUUUUAAGCAAAAUUGUCCGUAAACGUUUUAAAUUUCAAAAA